AUGUCUGCUCGCAUGCCUCCUCUGCCUCGACGUCUCCCCAUUCAUCUAUGCCCUUACCGCCGCCGCCGCCCCUUCUCGUCUUCCUCUCCUCGCCGCGACGCCGCCUCCCGCGCCGACACGCUCGAAGACCUUAAAGAAAUCGACUCCAUCGCCCUCGCCACCACCAAACGCCUGGUUGAAGCCAUUGGCACUGAGGCCAGCGAGCUGGCCUCCAUGACGGGCCAAAUCAUCUCCCAGGCCCGCUCCGUCCAACUGAAUCCCUCGAUCCCAUCGUACAUGCCCGCUCACUGGGCUCAACACCGCAGGACCUUUCCCCCGAAACUGAACAUCCUGCAGGAACGUGUGGAGAACUUACGACGCAACCUCGAGGACUUGGAAGCCGUUCCUUAUGCGGAAGAGAAGGGCGAGACGCAGAGUCAGAAAGUCCGAGCGCGUUUGAGAGCUGGAACUGAGGCGGAGAGGCGUUUUGACACCCAACAGUUCAAGUUCGAAGAGGAAACUCACGCAAAGAGACUCGACGCCGUGUUUGACACGCUGGAAGCAGAGGUAGAGGCGUGGAGGGGGAGCCAUCAUCCAGGAGAAUUGCCCGAUCAGCCGGCAUUCAAGAGAGUUGCAUGGGGGACUACGAUGGUCGUUGCAAAGCCGCGUAGGGCAGGCAAGAGAAGAACGGGCAUCCGAGAGCAACAAUCGAAAUCUCCCAUCCGCCCUGAACGCGCUGCUCAAAAAAAGCAAGACAAGAGCUCAAGCCCGUCGAAAGUCGACGAGCCCGCGAUGGGAACAGGUCGAGUCGAAUCCAGUCCACAGACGAAAUCUGCAGGAGAGGAAAAGAAAGCUAUACCCCCGAAGAAGAAGGACUUACUCACCAUGCAAGCGAAGCUUGACAAGAGUCUCGAGACGUGAAUGAGCAGUGUGUGGGAGCAUGGUCGGAAGGCCACAAGGAGUGACAGUUCCCCUCGAUGCACGACGCACAACGCACAACGGAACCGGAAGGACUUCACCCCGAGCAGGCCUAUACAGACCAUGGCUUCUAUUGACACGCUCUGCCAUCAAUGAUGGGCAUGGCCAACGCCAACGCCAACGCCAACGCCUUCAUCCCGGCUCUACAAGGUCCGAGACUUGGCAUGAUGCUUCAGGUCCCACCACGUCAUCCACCCCACCACCAUCUCAUACUACAUGUAUGUACAACUGUCACGUCGUCGAGAGAGAGAGAAAACAACAACCACCCCUUUGAACCCCUCUCCACGCCGCUGCCUACAGGUACCUCCUUAACCGCUCCUUAACCGCAGUCACACAACCGCCCACCGCACAUCCGAAAGCAUGACGCUCACAGUACACCACCUGGGCAUUUCCCAAUCUGAGCGCAUCGUCUUUCUCUGCGAAGAGCUUGGUCUGGAAUAUAACCUCGUCAAUUACACCCGGGAUCCACUCACGGCUCCAGAGUCUCUCAAAUCACUUCCCGGGAACUCCACUGGCAAAGCUCCCUUCAUCGUUGACGAUGCCGUGAACCCCCCUCUCGCCCUCUCCGAAUCCGCCGCAAUCUGCCAAUACAUCAUCGAAACCUAUGGCUCUGGCAGACUCACUACGCCAGUCGGUCAACCCGGUUUUGUAGACUACAUCUACUGGUUCAACUACUGCUCCGGUUCUCUACAGCCAGCCUUGAACACAGCAAUGCUCGUUCGCAUGGCCGACCUACCUCCCGAUGACUUUCUCCCGAAACUCUCAGCAAACUCAGUACAAGACGCCCUCUCCCACGUCAAUGACCGAUUAUCCUCCCAUAAAUGGCUUGCCGGGGAGGACUUUACAGCUGCGGAUAUCAUGAUGAUGUUCUCCCUAUCCACGGGACGAUAUUGGUCUGGUACGAGUCUGAAAGGUUAUGAUCAUAUUCUGAGAUGGCUGCGCGAUGUAGCUGCUCGACCGGCAUAUGUGAGAGCGAUGGAGAAGGGAGAUCCCGAGAUGCAGCCGUUGUUGAGCGCCGAUGGACCGGAGAAGACUUUGAUCGAGCUGGGUGGGGUGGGAAAUGGGAUUUGGAAGAAGAAGUAGUAGUACAAGAAGUGGAAGAAGGAGGUGCAUCUGUCUUUUUUCUCUCUGUAUAGCUUCCGUGCUGACACCUGAGCUUGCAAGACUGAUAGAGAUUGAAACAUAGCCGUGCGACUAUGACUACUCUCCUGUCCCCGCCAAACUACUUUUGUUAUGUCGCCGCAAAAGG